CGCGUGCGCACUGACCCGUUCGUGGCCGGUGGACAAUGGAGGCCCCAAGGCCUUUCCCCCAGUCGCUCCCCCUGGCGCUAGGGGGCGUUUUGAAGCUGUGGUUCUGCGAGCUGUGGCUACUGCUGCUGAGUUCCGGUUUGAAGGCGGAUUUUUUGCCGCACGAAGAGGACGUAGAGUUUAUCAACGAGUACGUGGACCUCCACAAUGAGCUGCGGGGCAACGUCGUCCCCCAAGCGUCUAACUUGCGCUUCAUGACAUGGGAUGUAGCUUUAUCACGGACUGCUAGAGCAUGGGGGAAAAAAUGUGUGUUUGAGCGUAAUACUCAUUUAGAAGACUUAAAAAUGGCCCAUCCUAAAUUUACCGGGAUUGGUGAAAAUAUGUGGGUCGGUCCUGAAAAUGAAUUUACUGCAAGUAUUGCUAUCAGAAGUUGGUAUGGAGAGAAGAGAAUGUAUAAUUUUGAAAAUAACACUUGCUCUAAAAACUGUUCUCAUUAUAUUCAGAUUGUUUGGGACCACACUUACAAAGUCGGUUGUGCUGUCACUCCAUGUUUAAGAAUUGGACGUAUUAAACAUGCAGCGCUUUUCAUAUGCAACUAUGCACCAGGAGGAGCACUGACCAGAAGACCUUAUACACCAGGAAGAAUUUGUACUAACUGUGACACAAAUGACAGAUGUACAGAUUUUCUAUGCAGUAAUACAGAUCGUGACCAAGCCACAUAUUACCGAUUUUGGUAUCCAAAGUGGGAAUAUCCCCGGCCAAUUGUGUGUGAUCCACUGUGCAUAUUUAUUUUAUUACUGAGAAUGGUAUGUUUUGUGCUAUGUGUCAUAAUUGUUUUGUUAGUACAGCCUUAUUUUCCAAAUAUCAUAUUGGAACAACAGAUAUUUACCCCUGAGGAAUCUGAUACAGAGAAGGAAAACAAGGAUAUGAAGGAGGAUGAAGAGAAAGAAAAAAAGGAGGAGGAGAAAUAAGAGAAAAUCGAAAGGGGGAAAGAAGCGAAAUGAGUGGGGGAAAAAAGAUGUACCUUAAGUCAAAAGUAUAAUACCAAAAAAAGCUAAAAAAAAAAAACACUGAGCUUUAACAAGAAAGAAAAUAUGCAAACCACUAUUGCAUGCAUAACUUUGCAUAUUCCCUUCUCUUUUCUGUACUUAUUCAACAAAUUUAAACUUGAAAAAUAAAGAAACAAACAAAAAUAUGUAUAGUAAGUAUUAAGGUGAGAUCUUCAACACUAAGAACAGGUAAAGAUGUGCUAAUAGAAAAACUACAAAAUAUUUGACCAGUCUAACUAAUCCUAUGAUUUAACUAUGGCAUCCUUAUAAAGGAGGGAAUUUCCUCUAAAUAUGUUUCUAUCUCUGUGCUUUAAAUAUUUUUUUAAAUGAGUUAAUAAGCUUCCUGAGAAUUAAAUAAGAUUAUUCGUGUAAGAACAUUCCAAGUUCAGAACAAACAUUGAGUAAACAUUUGGGGUUUUUAAAAUUUUUAUUAUUACUAUCAUAGUUGUUAUUGGUGGUAGUGGUAUUUUCCAUGUGAUAUCAAGGCAUCUAAUAUCAUUAUUUAUCUUUGUGGUGUAUGUUUUUGGAAUGGUUUAAGUGGUACCUGUACAUCCUGUUAGGAGAUAAAUUUAUUAUUUCUACUUCAUGUUCAAUAUUUUAUUAAAGACUUGCUGUAAUUUGUUGCCACCCAAUGCUAAUAACUACUUGUGAUUGAGCAAUCUGGCUGCUUCCAAAUCUAUAUGGUAAAAUAAAUCAAUUUUUAAAAAGUUA